UUAGGUUCUGAUACUUGAAAAAUUAGGGAUCAUCAUGAUGUGAUGGACACUCUGAUGAUAUCUUUGGAUUUCAGAAUCCCUUUCCAAAUUCACGAGGUUUUACUUGAAGUGGGGGUGUUAAAACCUCAUGAAUUUCUCAAAUAUUUUUCUCAUUUCUUUGGCCUCAAGUUUAUUUGUGAUAUUGUAGAAGCUUCAUGAAUCAUCAAGUUUUGCAAUGGAGGCUCUCUUGAUCUCAUGCAUCAGCCUUAAAGAAUUUAUCUAAAUAUUUGGAGCAGAACAUGAAGUUGGUGCAUCCCAUUAUCAGCAUGGCAAGAAAUGGAAGUGGUCCCGGUAGGGAGUGGAAAGCGAAGUACGAGAAACACAUCAACAAACAACAAAAGAAACAUCAGGACAGACAGACUGAGAGUACGUUAAAUUAUUGUCUUCUGCAUUAAAAAAUUCAUCCAACCACGUUGUUCCUGCGCUUAUUUAAUUACAAAGCCAACAACAAUGGCUGUUCUUCACAUCUCUUUCUACCCCCCAAUCACAACCUUCGAAGCCCAAAAAAACUCUCCAGUCCCAUCUCCCCGAUUCUCCACCUAAAUCCGACAGAGACGAUGUUCUCAACUGGGCACUCUCUGUUUUUACCUGCCCUCCCUCCCAUCCUCUGUUCUCAGCUGCAUCCCAACAAAAUCCCACAAAAAACUCGUCCCGUUCUCCAGGCUUCAUCUAAUCCCACCAAGAAAAUGGCGGCGACAAGGACAAGCUUCGGAUUCAAGAAUUUGAUGGAUACAUUCACAGUUGAUGUGCACAGAGGAGAGAAUAGGUUACUGAAUGUUCCUUUGAUUGCGCCAUUCACGAUUGCGUCGUCGAGGCUGGAGAGAGUUGAGAAUGUGGCAAUUAGAAUAGAGCUGAGAAAUGGGUGUGCCGGUUGGGGUGAGGCUCCGAUUUUGCCUUUUGUGACCGCAGAGGAUCAGAACAUGGCCAUGUCAAAGGCGGCGGAGGCUUGUGAAUUUCUAAAGCGAAGUCCGGCGAUGACCAUGGGCUCUGUGUUGGCGGAGAUUGGUGGGAUUCUUUCUGGAUAUCAGUAUGCGUCUGUUAGGGCAGGAGUCGAAAUGGCAGUGAUAGAUGCUGUUGCAACCAGCAUAGGUGUACCCUUGUGGAGACUAUUUGGGGGAGUUUCAAAUACCAUAACAACUGACAUAACAAUUCCAAUUGUUUCUCCAGCUGAAGCUGCUGAAUUGGCUGCCAAGUAUUGCAAGCAAGGAUUCAAAACUUUGAAGCUUAAGGUAGGAAAGAACCUGAAAGCAGAUAUAGAAGUUCUUCAGGCCAUUCGUGGGGCACAUCCUGAAUGCUUGUUUAUCUUGGAUGCUAAUGAGGGAUACAAAGCAAAGGAAGCAAUUGAAGUUCUUGACCAAUUACAUGAAAUGGGGGUCACUCCUGUUCUAUUCGAGCAACCUGUUCAUAGAGAUGAUUGGGAAGGUCUCGGUCAUGUUACUCAAAUUGCUAAGGACAAAUAUGGGGUAUCUACUGCAGCUGAUGAAAGCUGUCGGAGUUUAGUUGAUGUCAAGAGAAUAGUCCAAGAAAAACUUGCAGAUGUCAUUAACAUUAAGCUUGCUAAAGUAGGGGUUGUGGGAGCCCUUGAGAUUAUUGAGGUGGCAAGGGCAUCUGGAUUACAUAUGAUGAUUGGUGGUAUGGUUGAGACUCGACUUGCCAUGGGCUUUGCUGGCCAUCUUGCUGCUGGCAUGGGGUGUUUCAAGUUCGUUGACCUAGAUACACCACUUUUGCUAUCAGAAGAUCCAGUUCAUGAGGGUUAUGAAGUCUCUGGUGCAGUAUACAGGUUCACAAAUGCAAGAGGCCACGGUGGUUUUCUUCAUUGGGACAAUAUUGCUUGAUAAAGAAAUUGGCUUCUUCCAGCUUUAGUCAGGAACUGAUCAGCAUAAUUUGUGAGAGGCUGGUCAACAGAUAAUAAUGGAGUAAUGAUAAAUGCACAAUCCUUUUAUAUAAUUUUGUUUUAAACUCAUGAGGGUAUUUUGUAAAACAGAGUUAUUAUUUUUUUUAAUAAAUAAAAAUGCCACUAAUUUAAAAAGGAGUUAUAAAAAAA